AUGCAAAAUUAGAUUGAUUAGGGAUUACUUUAGGAACAUGAAUAAAAUAAUGGUAUUGUUGGGCUUAACUGAUUAGUUGAGGGUAUGGAGAAUGAGUACGUUGAUAAACACAAAUAACCGACUUAAAUAUUUGAGAUGGGAAAGGAAUACUUUAAACAGUGCCAUCAGUUAUUAGCUAUUUACACAGCUCUCAAAUUUAUUGCUGCAAUUACUUUAGUAUAUUCUGAAACAAAAAUACUAGAUUAUUUUGAGAGAAACUAUAUAUGGAGAUGAAAUACUACAAAAGAAUUACCAUGAAAUCUUUAAUGAUGCAUACUUGGUAUUCUGGAUGUACAUUUCAUGUAUUGAUGUCAUCAAAAAUUAGGUACUCAUAGUCUUUUUGCUUUCAUCUAUUACAUUUAACUCUUGAUGAAGAUUGAUAAUGAAGUUAAAUGCACACAAGUAGUUGAAGAAAUCGGGCAAAUGAUCGUGAUAGAAAUCCCAGAAGGUUACACAAAUUAGGAGAGGGAGGCAUUCAUUAACGAAUAAGUUUAGAUCUAGAAUCAAGAGAUGAUUUAAAGAUUGGAGAUCGACGGGCAAAUUGAGGAGUCAAGAAGAAUCAGUCUGAUUGCAACAGAAAUUAAAGUUUAACAUCUUAAUAUAUUAGAAAACCCUCUUACAAAAUGAAAGACCCUUGAAUGUUUUAGGAAAAGGAUGCUUCAUCUUAUUCCAAUUCAUUCAAUUAUGGGGAUUGAUAUUCUAUUUCCACAAGAAGAGUUCCACAGAAUCUAACGAGGAUCUCAAAUUUUAUUCCUUGUACAAAGGAUAUUUGUUUUCUGUAUAAUUAUGUGUAAAUGAUAGGUUGUAUUUAUGGGAAUAUAUUAAUAUUUAGAAAUCUACAUCAUAACUCUAUUAGUUCUAAUUUUCCUCCCAAUUCUUCUUUUUUAUAGUCUCUACGACUGGAUAAAGAAUUAUUGUUAGAAAAGAAGAGAGAGAAGGAGAAUAGACGAUUCCCUCAAAGAAAGCAUGUAUAGUUUAUAAGAAACAGCAGAAGGUAAAGAUAUUUAUUGAAAGGUAGGAGAAAAUGAAUGUGCAAUUUGUAUGAAUUAGUAUGAGGAGAAAGAUAAAAUAGCAAUACUUCCAUGUUCAAAUAAGCAUCGAUUCCAUUCAACAUGCGUUAGAUCUUGGCUGGAAAUUAAUAGCAAAUGUCCUUUAUGCAGAAGUGAUGUAUUUACACUGCCAGAUGAAAUUUUCUGA